ACUCUACUGAGGGCCAUAAAGUGAGACUCUGUCUCUACAAAAAGAAAAAGAAGGGGUCUGAAGAGUCAUCUGGGACCUGCUGAGGAUGCAGAGCCUGGGAGACACCGGGCAAUGUUGCAGCUGGACACAGGGUGGAUGACUUGGGCUCUGCCAGCACAGGGCUAGGCAUGGAAGAGGCAAAGACAAUUGGGGGGAAGUGGCCAGGCUGUCCCCAGCUGGCUGGUCUCCCAUGCCUAGGUUUAAUUUCCACCCUGCCAGCCAGGCCAGCUCCCUAGCUAUGUGUGGGCAUAAUCACACCCCCUCCUCCCUCCCCCAGGGAGAUGGAGACAGGGCGGGGAGAGUGCUGGGGCCACUCUUCCUCUCUUGGGCCGAUUUCUGAGCAGCAGGAGAUAAGGGCUCUCCAGCUAGCCCUUCCACACGCCAACUCCAGCCACCACAGCCACCAGCACCAUGAAGGACGAUGUGGCUCUUCUGGCUACUGUCACCCUUUUGGGAGUCCUGUUGCAAGCCUACUUCUCCCUGCAGGUGAUCUCGGCGCGCAGGGCCUUCCGCGUGUCGCCGCCGCUCACCACCGGCCCCCCCGAGUUCGAGCGCGUCUACCGAGCCCAGGUGAACUGCAGCGAGUACUUCCCGUUGUUCCUCGCCACGCUCUGGGUCGCCGGCAUCUUCUUUCACGAAGGCGCGGCGGCGCUGUGCGGCCUGGUCUACCUGUUCGCGCGCCUCCGCUACUUCCAGGGCUAUGCGCGCUCGGCGCAGCUCAGGCUGGGACCGCUGUACGCGAGCGCGCGCGCGUUCUGGCUGCUGACGGUGCUGGCGGGGCUCGGCCUGCUCCUCCACUUCCUCCCCGCCGCGCUCCUGGGACGGCUGCGGGCGCUGCUGCCAACGGCCUGAGGAGGAGGCCGCCGAGUCGGCGGAGCUGGGAAGAAGAGCCAGAGCCUCCGGGAGCACUGGGGAGGGCGGCUCGCCUCCGCAUCCCGGUCUCUAAAUAAAGUUGCCGUGCCUGGUCCCUGGCUGCAUUCAGUGGGCCGGAGGAGGGGGACGUGCGCGGAGGAUUGGGGAGCCUGAAGAGGCCGCGAAGGCCACGGCAGCCCCUGCGACGAGGCUUCAUCUGGUCUCCCGCCCGACACUCGGCCUCUGAGGCCACACUCCUGCCCGGCCCCAGAGGCUGCUACUGCUUAGGAAGCCUCUUUCCUGCCCGGGGUCACUCCAUGGCUGCUCCCCGCUCUCAGUGCUCUCCUGACCUGUCCCCAUCCUCUUUGGCCUUUCUCCAGGUGAGGGCAGGGGCCUUUUUUGUCCGCACUGGUCUCCAGUGUCUGGACAGUACAGGUGUUCAGUGUAGCCCUCUGAGGCCGCAGAGCAAGCACAACAGUGAACAUAGUGAAGGCCCCCCCUACCCCCCGAGAAUAUGGCCAGGUGCCUCGAGGGACCAGACACUGCGAAGACCCAACCAAAGCGUCUCUAAAGUGACUUUUAGGCAGGUGCGGUGGCUCACGCCUGUAAUUCUAGCACUCUGGGAGGCCGAGGUGGGUGGGCUGCCUGAGCUCACAGGUUGGAGACCAGCCUGUGGCAAAGCAAGACCUACUCUCUAAAAAUAGCCCGACCUUGUGGAAGGUGCCUGUGGUCCCAGCUACUUGGGAGGCUGAGGCAAGAGAAUAGCUUUAGCCCAAGAGUUUGAGGUUGCUGUGAGCUGUGACGCCAGGAUACUCUCCCAAGGGCAACAAAGUGAGACUGUGUCUCAAAAAAAAAGUGACUUUUAGGUUGGGCACCUACAAUCCUAGCACUUUGGGAGGCCUAGGAGGAUUGCUUCAGGUCAGGAAUUUAAGAACAACCUGAGCAAGAACAAGACUUCUCUAUAUAAAACAUAAAAAAUUAGCCAGGCAUGUGGUACAUGCCUGUAGUCCCAGCUACAGGGGAGGCUAAGGCAGGACAGUCGCUUGAGCCAAGGUCUUUGAAGGUGCAGUGAGCUAUGAUGAUGCCACUCUACUCCAGCCCAGGCCACAGAGUGACGCUAUCUCAAUCAGUGUAAAGAAGUGACUUUCAACCAAGCCUUCCAAGGAAAGAACAGCUUUCAAAGCAGGGGCAAAAGUGUGUGCCAAGACCUAAGGUGGGCAGGAGACCCUAAAUGUGUCAGGGACCCUGGAAAGAAGGAGGAGCAGAGUCUUGGGGACCCUGGAUGAAGACAGAACUGAGACCCAUGAAGGAGGGGAACCAAGAGGUUGGGCAAUGCUUUCAGCUUGAGGGCCCAAGGGUAGGCCUUGUCCCUGGCAGCUGGUACCAGCUGGAGUCAGACGCUGGGAGCAUCCACCAUGAUGUGAGAGAGAAGGCUGUGGGGUUCCCAUCAGAGCAAGGGUAGCUUCAGGCACCUGGACACAGAUUCUGGGUGGGUGGUUCAGACUCUUCUGUGAAAUGGAGGUGACAUCAACAGAGUUGUUGCUGGGAGCACUGGCACAAGCUCCC